UGUUUGAAUCCAUAUUUACAUGCAGCCCGUUUUUUGUAUCAUUGUGACCAUAACUUUAUUUCUUAAGUCCACACAAUAUAAGCAUGUUACAUGUAUCCCUGCUAUGUGUACAAACAGCUUAUGAAUGGACAAGUGGCAAAAUACAACAUAACAACAUAUAUGCGCCAUAGCGGGGCUGGAGGACGUCCCCUUGGACCGCUGUAAUCUGAACUACCAGCACCAUCAUGGUGGCGGUGGAAAGAAAUAAACAAGUUACAACAUUGCAGUCGGGACACUCCUCUGCGCUCUGCUUCCGUCGCUCUGCCCGCGGACCUCGCCUCGGACCCCGGGUCCUCUCUGAGAGAAACAAAGCCUCUUUCUGGCGAUAGGGCGCCGCGUGGAAAGAAACAUCCCGACGGCGGAACGCAGCGCGCGGGGUUGGCUCUCGUCGAGCCUCCCCUGAAGUUGGAGAUGCGCACAUGAGGUCUCCCCGCCUGGGUGGUCUCUCUACUUUAGUGAGCUGUUGCUAAGCAGCUAAUAAUAGUCGUGUUUGCUGAGUAAUUUUUGCCCUCCUGGAACCAAUCAGAUCCAAGAAAGUCCUGCUAUCUGACAGCCCGAGAGGCGGGAUCUGGAGUCUUUUCUCUCUCUCUCUCUCUCUCUCUCUCGCUUCACCCCUCCUCCUCCUCCGCCUCCAAAUGGAGAGAGGUCUUUUUCUCCUCUUCUAUUGAAUCCCAGAGUCGGCCGUGACGCGCGGCCCAGGGGAAGACCACAUAAGAUCUCACCAGAAUGCAACGACCAUCGAGGUUUCUCACCCCGACGACUCGUGUAUGGGAAUCGCUUUCGCGCACGCCGCUUUUUGAGAGAAACCGACUUUUUCGCGAGUGUGAAGAGACACGGGUGAAUGCGGUGAAAGCGGCGGAGACCUCCGGAUCGCGAAAUGUUGGGAUGGAAGACGCAGACUUUGACUCGCCGUCUCCAACAGGAGUAUGAAGUCCUACUUCGCGGGUGUGAGAUCUCCGAGAGUGAAACUCUGUUGCCUUGGGAUAUCGCUGCGCGCUUUCGGGGAGAUACUAUAAAGUGGGAAACGGUCUCGCAGUCCCCGCAACAUGGCCUCGGCUGCUAAUGCGCCCUCCGAGCAGGAAAACCGAGACCCCGAUCGGCCGAGGAUAACGCGGAGGAACCGGGGGGACUAUACCCGCAACGAACCGCUGGAUUUGGAGUAUUUGCAGCGGCCGAGUUACUGCGACGCGAGCUUCGCUUUGGAGCUAAUAACCCAGGGGAAGGCGACGGGGAGGAAAGCACCUCUAUGGCUGAGAGCGAAGUUCCAGAGACUGUUCUUCAGGCUGGGCUGUUACAUACAAAAGAACUGCGGAAAGUUCUUGGUCGUGGGCCUCAUGAUCUUCGGAGCGUUCGCCGUGGGCUUGAGGGCAGCUAAUCUGGAGACGGACGUGGAGAAACUCUGGGUGGAAGUUGGCGGGCGCGUGAACCAGGAACUGACAUACACGCGGCAGAAUAUAGGCGAGGAGGCCAUGUUCAACCCUCAGCUGAUGAUCCAGACGCCGCGGGAGGACGGAGCCAAUAUUUUAACGGUGGAUGCUCUCCUGCAGCACCUGGAGUCAGCGAUCCGAGCCAGCAGAGUUCACGUUUACCUUUACAACAGACAAUGGAAAUUGGAAAACCUAUGCUACAAAUCAGGAGAACUAGUCACAGAAACUCACUACAUGGAUCAGAUCAUAGAAAAGCUUCAUCCCUGCCUCAUCAUCACCCCUUUGGACUGUUUCUGGGAGGGAGCCAAGCUCCAGUCUGGAAUGGUCUAUCUCCCAGGGAAAGACCCUUUGCAAUGGACCAACUUUGACCCCAAGGAGUUCCUUGAGGAUUUGCGAAGGGCAAAUUUUCCCGUGCAAAGCUUUGAGGACAUGUUGGAAAAGGCAGAUGUUGGACACGGCUACAUGGAUAGACCCUGCCUGAACCCCGCGGACCCCGACUGCCCCCUCACCGCGCCCAAUAAGAACUCAACAAAGCCGUUCGACGUGGCGCGGGCCCUGAGCGGCGGCUGCCACGGUCUGUCCAGGAAGUAUAUGCACUGGCAGGAGGAACUGAUCGUGGGAGGGACCACCAAGAACGGCAGCGGUCCCCUGCUCAGUGCCCAGGCCUUACAGACCAUGUUCCAGCUGAUGACUCCCAAGCAGAUGUUUGAGCACUUUCGGGGCUACGAGGAGGUUUCCCACAUCAACUGGAAUGAAGAAAAGGCUGCAGCUAUAUUAGAAGCCUGGCAGAGGAGAUACUCUAAGGCGGUGCUGCAGAGUGUGGCAGCGAACUCGUCUCAGAAGGUCUUGUCUUUCACCAGCACCACUCUGGAAGAUAUUCUCAAGUCCUUCUCCGACGUCAGUGUCAUCCGUGUGGCCAGUGGGUACCUGCUGAUGCUGGCCUAUGCGUGUCUGACCAUGCUGCGGUGGGACUGUGCCAAGUCUCAGGGGGCUGUCGGGCUGGCGGGUGUCCUGCUGGUGACACUGUCCGUGGCAGCUGGCCUGGGCCUCUGCUCUCUCCUGGGCAUCUCCUUCAAUGCUGCCACGACACAGGUGCUCCCCUUCUUGGCUCUGGGUGUCGGUGUGGAUGACGUGUUCCUCCUCGCUCACGCCUUCAGUGAGACCGGACAGAACAAGAGGAUCCCGUUCGAGGACCGCACGGGGGAGUGUCUGAAGCGGACCGGGGCCAGCGUGGCUCUCACCUCCAUCAGCAACGUCACCGCCUUCUUCAUGGCAGCCCUCAUCCCCAUCCCGGCGCUCAGAGCCUUUUCUCUCCAGGCUGCAGUGGUAGUGGUGUUCAACUUCGCCAUGGUGCUGCUCAUCUUCCCCGCCAUCCUCAGCAUGGACCUCUACCGACGCGAAGACAGGCGGUUCGACAUCUUCUGCUGCUUCUACAGCCCGAGUGCCAAUCGUGUGAUCCAGAUCGAGCCCCACGCGUACCUGGACGGGGCGGACGGGAGUCCCUACAGCCCCCCCCCCUCCUAUUGUACCCCUCCUCCCUCCUACCGCACGCCUCCCCCGAGCUACAGCAGCCCCCCUCCCUCCUACAGCAGCCACGGCUUUGCCCAGCAGACCCAGAUCACCAUGCAGUCCACGGUGCAGCUCAGGACGGAGUACGACCCCCGGACUCAGGUCUUCUACACGACGGCCGAGCCCAGAUCCCAGAUCUCUGUGCAGCCCAUGAACCCAGCUCCGACGAGGAGCAAUGACUAUUACGGCAGCAACAACAACAACAACGGCAGCGGGAGCCGAGGGAACGGGGGAUCUCGGGGUUCUGCCACCUUUUCCCAUCAUCACCCUGCACCUCCUCCUCCUGCCGCCGCCCCGACUAUAAGCGGCAGCUCGGCUCCUCAGGGGAAUCCAGCCGCGUCGACUGGCGUGGGCCCAGAGAACAACAACUCCACGCGGGACCUCGUGUCCCAGUACGGAGAGGGCUCGUCGGGCCUGCGCUACCUCGAGCCUCGCUGCUCACGCUGGACCCUGUCCUCUUUUGCGGAGAGGCACUACGCUCCGUUCCUCCUGCAGCCCACCACCAAGGUGGUGGUGAUUGUGCUGUUCCUCAUCCUGCUGGUCGUCAGUCUCUACGGCACCACCCAGGUGAGGGACGGCCUGGAGUUGACGGACAUCGUGCCCAGAGAGACCAGCGAGUACGACUUCAUCGGUGCCCAGUUCAAGUUCUUCUCCUUCUACAACAUGUACUUGGUGACGCAGCGGGCCGAUUACGCCCAGAAGCAGCCUCUGCUGCACCAGCUCCACCAGAGGUUCCACACCAUCCGCUACGUGCUGAAGGAGGACAACGGGCAGCUGCCCCGUAUGUGGCUCCACUACUUCAGGGAAUGGCUGCAAGGUCUCCAACAGGCGUUUGACAAGGACUGGGAGGCCGGCCGCAUCUCUUCCAACAGCUACAGGAAUGGCUCCGAUGACGGCGUCCUGGCAUACAAGCUGUUGGUGCAGACGGGACGCAGGGAGAAGCCCAUCAACUUCAACCUGCUAACUCGUCAGAGGCUUGUGGAUGCGGACGGGAUCAUCAACCCCGGGGCGUUCUACAUCUACCUGACCGCCUGGGUCAGCAACGAUCCUGUGGCGUACGCUGCCUCGCAGGCCAACAUUCGCCCGCACCCUCCCGAGUGGCUCCACGACCGCACCGACUCCAUGCCCGAGACGCGCCUCAGCAUCCCGGCUGCUGAGCCCAUCGAAUACGCACAGUUCCCCUUCUACCUCAACGGGCUCCGGGAGACGGCGCAGUUCGUGGAGGCCAUCGAGAGCGUGCGGGCGAUCUGCAGCAACUACAGCCGGCAAAGCCUCCCCUCCUACCCCAACGGCUACCCCUUCCUGUUCUGGGAACAGUACAUUAGUCUGCGCCACUGGCUCCUGCUGUCCAUCAGCGUCGUGCUCGCCUGCACCUUUCUGGUCUGCGCGCUGUUCCUGCUCAACCCGUGGACCGCCGGCAUCAUCGUGUUGGUGCUUUCUCUCAUGACCGUGGAGCUGUUUGGCUUCAUGGGGCUGAUGGGUAUCAAGCUGAGUGCCGUCCCCGUGGUCAUUCUCAUCGCCUCUGUGGGCAUCGGAGUGGAGUUCACUGUCCACGUGGCCCUGGCGUUCCUGACAGCCAUCGGGGAUCGCCACAGGCGGGCGGUGCUGGCAUUGGAGCACAUGUUCGCUCCGGUGCUCGAUGGAGCCUUCUCCACCUUACUCGGCGUCCUCAUGCUCGCCGGCUCCGAGUUUGACUUCAUUGUCAGGUAUUUCUUUGCCGUGUUGGCCAUCCUAACAGUACUUGGAGUUCUGAAUGGACUGGUCCUUCUUCCAGUAUUACUGUCAUACUUUGGGCCCUAUCCAGAGGUGUCUCCAAUCGACGGUCAUAACCGGUUGCCCACUCCGUCCCCAGAGGCCCCUCCUCACGUGGUCCGCUUCUCAGUCCGUCCUCGCCACGCCGCCGCGGCCGCCGCCACCUCCGCCGCGGCCUCGGACUUGUCGGACUCCGAGGACAGCUCGAACACCACGGCGUCCGGCGUCAGCCAGGAGAUGCAGAACUACAACCUGCCCUCACGCCGGGGACCGACUCGAGCAGAGGAGCAGCAGUACCACCUCCGAGCCAGCAGGGGCAGAGCGGCCAGGACGGAGGAGGACAGGAGAGCGGGGUCGAGGCACCGGCGCUCGGCCAGACAGCCGGACACUCCCACCUACACGACGUCUUCGUCCUCUCAGGGUUGUGAUUCCAGGCCCCAGCCCGGGACCACUCACCGUAACAGCAGCAGGGGCCCCAAGAGCCAGCUGCACUGGCAGACCCCCCCCCCAGCCCGCCCGCGCAUGGACGCUUUUGAAACUGCCACUGAGGCCGGGGCCCACUGCGGCUCACACGGCCAUCGAGAACACUCGGCAGGCCGCAGACCCCGCUCGUCCCACAACCCUCCGCCCAACCACCACCUCCCGCACCGCCGCCCCAACGCCGCCCCGUAUUGCCAACCCAUCACCACGGUAACGGCGUCGGCCUCCGUCACCGUCUCCGUCCACCCGGCCCCCUUGUCCAACCAGGGCCCCCCCGCUCCCUCUCACCCAGGAUACACUGCGGCAGACGGUUACUGCCCAUCAGGGGCGGAGGGGCCAGAGCCUGCCUUCCAGGACCCGCACGUGCCCUCGGACGCCCACGCGGGGGCCAGAGGGGUCGACGUGGAGGCCAUGGAUCUUCAGGACUUGGAGUUUGAGGCAGCUGACAGCAGCAGUUGCAGACGGGCAAGCUGAGGUGAGCUUUAGACGGCUUCAGCUGCUCCAGAGUACAGCUAUCCUUUUAGAAAAGUAUGCUUCAUCGUGAAGAAUUCUCAAAACAAUCCCCUAUUUUGUUUCCAGUUGUGGAGAACGGAAGUACAACGGCCAAAGAUGGACUCGUCUGUAAUACUAUGCAGCUGACUCGGCCCAGCUCGGCUCGCCCCAAGCAGCGGAAAACUCGCCAUUAUUGCCGUCAUGGUGCUCAUUCUUACUGUAACCCAGUGGACUAUUGUCUUAGAUAUCUAUAUUUAAAAGAUGUAUACAUAUGUAAAUAUGAACAAAAAGUAGCUAUAAUUUUAGGAGCUGUACAACUCCUCAUAACAGACUGGGGCUGCCAUUUUGCAUGGUGUUUGUGUGUGUGUGCGUGUGUGUUUGUGGUCAUGUAUGUGUGUGUGUUUUAUGUGAGAUAGAGAUAGAUCUCUGAUAACUGCUCACUCAUCUGUGGAUCUGUGCCAUUAGGAAGUUUCAUCUAGACAAAAAGAUACCUGUCAGCAUUCA